CUUCUUUAAAGAGUCAACUAAAUGCUUUUCUGGGUUUAGAGUAUCAUGCAAUCUUGUCAGCGAACAAAACGUUGGUGCAGGGAAAUCAUAUUUCUCACCCCCCCCCGCGAGAAAGCUAAAAUGUUGAACAAAAGCGUCACUGCGCCGAGCUCCCGACAGACGAGAAAUUAAGCAAAGUCACCGGCACUAAAGUGACCUUUGAUUUCUCACGCGGUACGAUAAUGAUGAUUCCACACUGCAGUUGAAUCAGCUUGCAUACAGGUCAACAGUGAUAAAAAAGCCUAGUAGAUUAUUUUACCAUAUGCAACACAGUUGGAUUCCAAUCUUAUUUGCUGUGAGGCAUAGACUGAUGUAACGUAGUACAUUUUGCACGCUAAAAAGUUGUGUAGGGGUAGCUUUUUUAAAGAUGGGGAAAAUUCAGGCCGACCAGUCCUCCAUGGGUAGCCAGGAGACAGCGGGCUCUUCAAGGGUUGAGCUGAAGCGAACAAUCUCGCUUUUCAGCGGGGUGUGCAUCAACCUAGGCAUCAUCAUCGGCUCGGGGAUAUUUGUCUCGCCGAAGGGGGUGCUGAGCGGCGCGGGCUCAGUUGGGCUGACCCUGGUGCUGUGGGUCGUCUGCGGCGUGUUCUCGCUGCUGGGCGCGCUGUGCUACGCCGAGGUGGGCACGACCUGGCCUUCUUCCGGCGGGGCCUACGCCUACUUGAAGGCCAUCUACGGCGACCUGGUGGCUUUCCUCCUGAUUUGGAUCGCUGUCCUGAUGGCUCAGCCAUCGGCUUUUGCCGUGGUGGCCUUGACGUUCGGUAACUACUGCCUACAGCCUCUCUACCCGGACCCCUCCUGCCCACCGCCACAGAUCAUGCCUCAGCUCCUAGGAACUCUUGUAAUAUUGCUACUGGGAAUGACCAACGUGUUGAGUACCCGCCUGUCCACGUUCGUCCAAAACUUUUUCACCGUCUGCAAGGUGGUCGCACUGCUGAUCAUCAUUGUCGCCGGUAUCGUGCAGUUGAUUCAAGGCGAGACGCGGAAUUUCGAGAACGCCUUUGAGGGCUCCACUUUUUCCGGGCUUGGGAACGCGCUGUAUUCCGGACUUUUCUCGUACGCGGGCUGGUACAGUCUGAAUAUCGUGGCAGAAGAAUUGAAAGAUCCAAACAAAAACCUUCCGCGAGCAAUCUACAUUACCGUGUUUUCUGUGACCAUCAUUUACACCUUUGCCAAUGUGGCCUAUUUCACAGCAAUGACGCCGCAGGAGCUGCUGACUUCGAACGCGGUCGCGGUGACUUUCGGCAGCAAGGUGUUGGGCCAGUUUGCAGUGAUCAUGCCGAUCGCUGUGGCGCUGUCCACCUUCGGCUCCGUCAACGGCAACAUGAUCACCUGCUCGAGAAUCUUUUACGUCGGUGCCCGUGAGGGGCACCUCCCCUCGCUACUGUCGAUGAUCCACAUCAAAUUCCUGACUCCUCUUCCGUCCGUCGUCGUAACGGUCAUCCUGUCGAUAAUUUACACCUUCUCCAAUGACAUCUACACUCUCAUCAAUUACUUCAACUUCGUCACGUGGACGUCGAGUGGAGCUGUUGUGGCGGGAAUGAUCUGGGUUCGCUACAAGGAGCCCGACAAGCCACGCCCCUUCAAGGUCAACAUCAUCAUAGCCGUCUUGUUUGUAUUGGCGUCCAUCUUUCUCGUCGUCAUAGGGACCAUCGACUCGCCAAUCGACACCGCCAUCGGGGUGGGCAUCACGCUGACUGGGAUACCAGUCUAUUUCCUGCUGGUCUACCCGAAACGCUUACCCAGAUGGCUGACUGGAAUACAAGACUCCGUGACAGCAUGGUUCCAGAGGCUUCUGCUGGUCGUCAAGGAGGAAAAAGAGUAGACGUACAAGCAUUGACUCCACAUGUUUCCUCUUGGAGACAAGACUACGUAUUCACCUACUUACAGCGUGCUUUCCAGCCGUCUGUGUAGCCGCCCUGCUGGUGUGUUGAUGCAGAACUGGCCAAUUCUGAUCGCUCCUGAUACAAGACGCCGCUUUGUAGUGUUCAUUCCAACGAUCAAUGUUUUUACCCUUAUUGUUAAUGUAAUUUAUCUGACCACAUGAAACAACGGUGGAUGUCGUUUUUGUACAGCAGAUAUUUUUGAAAAAGAACAGUUUCAAUUAUUUGAUGUUGCAUUUUUGAAUUCACCUUCGACAGUGAAGACUGCCACAACCCUUUCUUUUGAAAUCUUCAAUAAUGUCAGGGAAUCUUUAUACAUAAGUACAUAACAGGCUUUGUUUUACUUUUGCUUUGAUAGUUUUGUGUCAGUUAAUUUAAGUUAUUGAGUGAAGUAGCCAUCUUUAUGUCCAUUUCUGAAAGUAGAUUGAACUUGGUAAGGUGCCAAUCUGCAUACGAAUUUUCCUUUGGCUUCGGAAACUUUAAAUUUCCGUGAUAGAACAUCACCCCAACCAAUUUCAUCCAUUUCACGAUUUGUUUAACGAACUUUGUAGAGGUAAAUGUACAUUGUAUACAUUUGCAAACCUUUAAAAAAUUCCUUAAACACCAAAGCACAAAAUAAACACUGUAAAAACGUCGUUUUUAUUCCUUCGUGAUAACCGUUCAAAGCCAUUGAUGUAAAAUACAUUGUACAAAAUACAAAGGAAAAGUAGUAAAAAUACAUAAACGUGUUCAUGAAAUACAAAAGGUCGUGUGACUUUCGAUGUCACACGGACGGACAUGCUGCAGAUCGCAGCACGUGAGUGCAUCGCCACACUUGUGAACAUGAGUAUAUCAGCGCACUGCACAGUUGUGGUAGCUUCGAUCCGUUUAUUUUCGUAACUUCACGUAUCAAGACAACAUGUGAGAAAUGAGUCUUUUGUGGACUCACCAGCACACCUACGUGAUGAUAUUGAAUGAGUAAUUAUGGCCCAGGUUGGACGAAUUUUCCAUCACAUUAUGACGAACACAUGAUGAGGACCUUCACUUGGUGCAGGCAUGGUGCAGGCCACAGUUACGCUCUGGUGCAAUUCUGACGCUCACAUCUGUAUAGGUGUUCUGUGUGAGUACAUUAUGAUCCACGGCAGCCCUGCUAGGAAUCGGAAAAUGCGCUGUGUAAACAACGGUACUCCGUAUGCUUAAAUGUACAAGUAGACACAUGUACAUCAUUGUGCCGGUGUAAAACAGAUGACAGUAAAAUGGAAGCCCUAUUGUACAAAACCGUUCGGCUGUGAAGUAAGCCACAAGCAUUACGCAUUUGCUACUAUUUGUACAAGUAGAUGCUGAACAGUAAAAGAAACAUUUUAUUCAUGCAAAUUCAAUCAAUUGCUUAUACUGUUUGCUCGAACUUCUCAGUAAAUGUUUUUGCUGUUUGCUUGAACUUCAUAGCAUUUGCUAGGUUUUUUUUCAUACGACCCAAGGAGUGCGGUUUGUCGCAGUUCUCAAAUUAAGUUGAAUACCAAUUUAAGUUAUAUUUCCUGAUAAAUAUAUAUCUAAGUAGUUCUUAUGUUGAUUAACGUUUAUAAAGUUAAAUUAAAAUAAAUUCCACUUGUGUAAUCCUGACUUGUAAAGAUGUGUCACAUGUGACCAGUACUUAACCGAUGCCACUGAGAGCACAGACGCCCAAUCACAGUUUCAUAUAGGACUCAUUCUUGGACACGGACACAAGGACUGGGAUUCUUGCGGUAAGAACUUGGUCUUGAACUUCAACUCGGCUGGCAUGAACUCGGACUUGGACUCGGGUAUCAAGCAUUCACAGCACUGAUGGAGAUUAUUCCUUUAUGUAGUAUAUACCUCUUGCAUCCUUGUCUACUGGACUUGCAGGAGAAGCUGUCUACAGGUAGGCCUACGCACUCACU